AACUCUUGCCUUUGACCCUCGACCGUGGCCUCUGCCAAUCACACAUUGCUGCGUCAGUGAGAGGUUACAGCACUCUGCACCAUUAGUUUCUGUUCAUAUCACAGUGAUGGAGACUGGCCUCCCACCUUAAACUCAAACCAGCUUGAUAAACAUUAUUCCAGCAGUUAGUGUCACUGCUGAAUCCUAUGAAGAGGUUGGAGCACAAUUUCAUUCAUGUGGAUUUACAGCUGUAGCAGCAUCUUUGACACUUUGUGUUAAAAAACAACAACUUAAUUAUUACAAUGUAUCUUUUCCCCUGCAUAAAACAAAGAAUGUUAAAUAAAGCAACAUUAACCUCCUCCUUCCAGGUGUGAUCGGUGCUGAUGUGAAAGGUUUUCAUUUGCCCUGUGAGGGUCAGCCGAUCACUGCACGCAUGGCGCUGAUCUGUGGAACGUCAACUUGUCACAUGGCGAUCAGUGAGCAGCCUCGGUUUGUGCCAGGAGUGUGGGGGCCCUACCUAUCUGCCAUGGUGCCUGGACUGUGGCUCAACGAGGGAGGGCAGAGUGUGACAGGAAGGCUGAUUGACCACAUGGUGAAAGGUCACACUGCAUAUACCCAGCUCCAGGAAGAGGUUCAGCAGAGGCUUCCUUUUGCUGGCGAGAAUAUCUACAGCUACUUGAACAACCAUUUGAGUUCGAUGGCCAACUCCUGCUCUGCUGUCGAUCUGCUGGGGUCCAGUCUUCACGUGUGGCCGGACUUUCAUGGAAACAGGUCGCCCCUGGCUGACCCAACUUUGAAGGGCAUGGUAGUUGGACUCUCUUUGUCCCAGACCUUGGAUGACUUGGCCCUUCUCUACCUGGCCACCAUGCAAGCCCUCGCUCUCGGUACACUUCAUAUUCUGGAGGCCAUGAAAGAAGCAGGGCAUGAAAUCAGAACCCUCUUCCUGUGUGGUGGAUUGAGCAAAAACAACCUGUUUGUACAGAUUCAUGCUAAUACUACAGGAGGAAGGGAGCAGAGGGGGCAGAGCCCCAUGGUGGCUAGCCAAGGGGAAGGGACGGAAAGAGAAAGAGAGGAGGAGGAUCUGAGACACCGAGAAGGAAUGGUGAAAAGGAUAUGA